AUGGCAUCGAUAUCGAGCCUUCCUCCCGAGAUGCUGGGUGAAAUUGCCGCAUGCUUCCAAGAUGACACCCCACUGAGUGUGAAGAAGGACUGGAAAGCCGACCAGAAGACGCUCGCGAUUCUUUCUAGGGUUUCUAAGUCAUUCCAAUAUGCAACGCAACCUCUUCUCUAUCGCAAGAUCUAUCUCGCCGUCCGGGACCCAGCCGGCCUCGACAUCUUGUCGUUGAUCAAGGUUCUCUAUCAUCGCAAGGACCUCCGCUCCAAGGUGAAUAAAGUUCAGUUACACUUUGAAAAAGCUUUGUCUUGCCAUCUGGAGCGAACUAUGGACGAUGUCCAGAAACUCGAUCAUCUGGCUCGCGAAAUUGGUCAGACAAGCCUCAGCCGCGCACUACAGGGCAACACAAAUUGUCCAUGGUCAUACAACAAUGUAUUAUCUUCGCUGCUUUUCCAUCAGCUUCGAGGUGUAUCUCAAGUCAUGAUCACUGGGCUGUGUGGCCCGAACUGGAACGAAGACUUUGGAGUUUUCAACCACUUUGACGAUGCUUGGUCGGUCUUGCCAUAUCUCUUGAUACCCCCCUCAGAGACACCGGAGGCUUUGCUUCUGAACUUGACCUUUCUUCGUUUGGACGCUCACGUAAUUACAACCAUCAAUCUCUCAGACUUUCACUUGCUCACUCGUCUUGCACCCAACCUUAAGGAGUUUGAAGGCUGCGGCUUUGUAAGCGUCCCGGUCCAGGCUUUCAACACUUUCAAAAGGCUCAAGCGUUUGUCUCUUUCGGAAGCACCUUUUGUGGACAGCGACUUCCCAAACCAGGGAGAAUUUCUCCAAAUUCCGCCUGGUCUUCAUUCAUUCUAUUACAGUACGCGUUUCUCCUGGUUCCCGGAUGAGCAGAACAUUUCUCCGAUGAGGGUCCGACGGGCGCUGGCGUAA